CACAUUAUUGCACAUUUGACACCACUAGUAUUUACGCGUAUCAAGCGUAAAACUCAAUUAAAAAUUGAUUUGGACUUAAAUUAACAGUGUGAUUAUGUUUAUUAAAUACCAGGCGACAGCAAAAUGUUAAAUGCCGUGCCUUUAGCGCUAGUGCGGCAGCUAGUGACGUCACACGAGUAGAAAUCAACCAAAAUAAAUCAGUGGGGCGCCGCAGAAACAAAAGGGGAAUCAAUAACAAAAAAGAAAGAAAAACGUAAUUUUGUGAACAAUUUGCAUACGGUUGGGUGGUUAGGUAAUAGCGAUAGCCAUCAGAAACGCACAACACCUGAAAUGAGUAAGCUGGAAACGGACUCGGACAGUUCAGAGGAGUUUUUCGAUGCCGAGGACACUACGCCCAAUCGUCAUUCGACAUUAUGUCGAAAACUACCGCCUGAGGUUGUCCAGGAGUUCAUCUUCCCCGAUCCCGCCGUCCGAGUAAAUGCGGCAGCCUCCUCCGACAGCGACGCGACGCCCAUUGGCGCUGGAACGCCCGCCACCCGGAGUCCGACCAACAGCCUGGGUGCCCGACUAAAACAGCAGGAUGCGGGAUUGUUCGUUGAGCCCAAACCCGUGGCCGGAUCAUAUGGUAGACAGCGCUUUCACGAACUACGUCAGUGCAUGCAAAACGAUGAAGAUGAUAAUCCAGGAAAUACACUCACACCUGAUUCUCAGAAUAGCUCAACGGAUGGCAUUUUUACCAACCGCUCGUCGCAUCCGUUUAAAGUCAUUGAGACAGAUACGAUGAGCAUACAGAGCAUGACAUCACUGGGUCGCGUGGGCCGAAUUUUGGCGGGCAGCAUUGAUCCAUCUGCUAUCAGCAUAGAUCGCGAGUCUCUAGCCUCGUUAAAUGCACAGCAGCAGAAGCAACAGGCCCAGCAGCAACAACAGUCGCUGCCUGCAUCGUCUACUAGCUCUAACACUCCGCCAAGCACUGGAAACACUUCCUCUGGGAUGAGCACGCCCAGGGUUUCGCCCAAGCAUCAGCAGAGCGGUCAGGAGGCAGCGGCUACCACGGUAGGGAUUCCAAGUGCUUCGUUCUCCAUACAAUCCUCAUCUACUGGCGCCAUAAUGCUGCAGGAGCCGGAUGUGAUAGCAAGCACUAAGCUUGCCCAGUCCAAAACCACUGAUUCCAUUACCUUGUCUGGUCCCGUGGCGCCACCUCGAAGAAAAAAGAAGUCUCGAAAUUGUUCCAUUAGUUCCUCGGAUCAGUACAGUUUGCCACCGGCGGACAAUGAAGACACCGAUAGUGAUACCCGAUCUGUGAAGAGUGUGCAGGGUCUUCAGCAAAAGUUGCGAGAUGACUUUGUCAUGGAGUUUGAGAGCUCCCUAAAUAAUGUAACCCCUUCAACCGCUAGCAGUACAUUGACCUGCUCCUCCACUAAUACGAUUGUCUCGGCUUCGGCCUCGACUGCGGCAGCUUCUUCGUCCAUGCCAUCGACAAGUGCAAUUCAUAUGCGUACCAAUGCAGCUUCGGUAACAAUUGGUGGACCAAAACCAACGCAAUCUCUGGGCAGCAGUUCAACGUCGGUUCACUCAAAGCCAAGUCCAUCGAACUCGGCGAAGAGUAACUCGGCACCAGGAAGGGUUAGUUCCAUCGAUCCAAAUCAGGGUCUGAACCUGUAUAAGGCUAUUCAGGGGGGUUAUGUGGUCAAACCACGUGAUGAGGCCAGCAACAAGGCACAGGGUCCGUCUCAGGAUGAAAUCGAGCGCAUCGAGAAAAUGUUAAUGGAGAACGCAAAUCGACCGAAGCUGGCGGGAACAGGAUCAAACAGCUUGGGCAGCUCCACACGCUAUCCCGGAUUCUGUCGUGGUGUUAAUGACAAGGAGCGUCGCAAGUCCGCUGGCGACGAGGAUGAACUCAGGCAGAUGAACAUUUAUGUGCGCACGCGAACCAGCUCUGGCAAACAGCUGACUGACUUUGAGAUCCUUGAACAAGUUCCUGUUAAAAAUUUAGAUACAGGAGAAAAUUUGCCGCUAUCUGAAAUGCGUUCACCACCAGUGCCUGAGGGAUGGAAUCCGCUCUCGCUACACAUUCUAAAACUGACCUCCCAUCUGGAGGCAAUACAGAAGGAGUCCGACGAGGAGAGUGUGGUUGGCAUACCGCCCAGUAUCGAGGGUCAGCAGCCCGACGAAGAGGAGCUGGAGGCGGAGGAUGGCAGUCGGCUGAAAAAGAAGACGGCCAGGAUUAAACGCUUCUUCGGCACCACAAUGCGAAAAACAGUGGACAAGGCCAAGUCGAUUGCGUCAGAGGUGUCGCAUGCGCGACACAAAGAAGAUGUGGCUGAUAUUGUUGAUGCUAUGAAUCCCGAGCAAAAUAUUAAAAUCAAGGCUUCAUCGUCCAACAAAGGUCCCUACGAGUUUACCAAGCUUCAGCAUGUCCAAGAUUUGAAUGGCGAAGACAGAGGUGCUGUGUGGUGUAUGAAAUUCAGUUCCUGCGGACGACUGUUGGCCACUGCUGGACAGGACAAGGUGCUAAGGAUUUGGGUUCUUAAAGAUGCCUAUCCGUUUUUUCAGGACAUGCGCAACAAAUAUAAUGCAGACCAAAAAUCCUCGCCUACGCCAUCCCAGGAGUCUCUCGUCUCACAGCAUUCAGUGGAGGAAGCCAUUGCCAUGGCCACAGCCGCCGAAAAAUGCCCGGGUCCAUUCAUGCCGAAACCUUUUUGCACCUACAAUGGACACACCUCCGAUCUACUGGACGUCAGCUGGUCAAAGAAUUACUUCAUUCUGUCAAGCAGCAUGGACAAGACUGUGCGGCUCUGGCACAUAUCCAGAAAGGAGUGCCUUUGCUGUUUUCAGCAUAUCGAUUUUGUCACCGCUAUUGCGUUCCAUCCACGCGAUGAUCGCUACUUCUUGAGUGGCAGCCUCGAUGGCAAGCUAAGGUUGUGGAAUAUACCCGACAAGAAGGUGGCUCUGUGGAAUGAGGUAGAUGGCCAGACGAAGCUUAUAACGGCUGCCAAUUUCUGCCAGAACGGACAGUUUGCUGUUGUGGGAAGCUACGAUGGCCGAUGCAUAUUUUAUAACACGGAUCAGCUAAAAUACCACACGCAAAUUCAUGUGCGCUCCACCAGGGGCAAAAACCGCAUUGGUCGCAAGAUCAGUGGCAUUGAACCGAUGCCCGGAGAGGACAAAAUUCUAGUAACCUCUAACGACAGCAGAGUACGCCUUUAUGAUUUGCGGGAUUUAAACUUGUCUUGCAAGUACAAAGGCUAUUUGAAUGAGUCCUCGCAAAUCAAGGGAUCGUUUAGUCACGAUGGAAAAUAUAUUAUUGCCGGAUCCGAGAAUCAAUGCAUCUACAUAUGGAAAACAAACCACGACUAUUCGAAACUCAGCUCGGUUCGACGUGAUCGCAGCGAUUUCUGGGAAGGCAUUAAAGCACACAAUGCUACGGUCAAUUGUGCCAUAUUCGCGCCGCACCCGGAGGCUAUCAUUAAGCCCGAACCGGAUGAAAUUUCGAAUGAGAAGUUGGCUCACAAUCAGCCGGAUCCACUGGUCGAGCAGCACAAAAAGGGAUGUGGUUAUGUGUUGGUCAGCGCCGAUUUUACUGGCGCCAUUAAGGUCUUUAUCAACAAGACGAAGCCGAAACACAGCAGUCUGCCCUACACGGCAAUUGCGGAUUAGUCUGUAGGUAGAAGAUGAGAAAAAUAGAAGAGUAAAAGUAAAAUAUUAUUUUUGUAUUUUUGACAUUUUGUAUCGUUAGUAACUAGCGCCAUCGCUUAUUUAUAUUCAUAAUAAUUAAUAAUUUCGGUCUGUCCCACACCAAUUUUAUUCCCAUUCUAAAAGUUGUUAACAAUUGCUGCUGGCGCGAACUGUUUAAUCUUACGGAAAAUAUGUUAUGUAUUUUUAACGCUGAGUGUGUGAAUAUGUGUAUAGGUAUUUGUUUAAAAGUUGAUUAUUUUAAAAGUCAAUUGUUUAUUGUUAUACCCUUGUAAGGUGAUUUUUGACUGUACAGAAGCUUUGGUUUUGAUAUUCUCGAUUACUAUUAAAUCUGUCCGUUUGGCCUCAAGUCACCACUCUGAUAUGAAAUCUAGUAACAAUUUAACUACUGGCCAACCUCCAAGGGUACGAACGACUCGGUAAGCCGAAUCGAAUAUAAGUUAUUUUUAAAGUCUUCGAACUUAACCUAACUAACUUAAUAUAAUUAACUUUUAAACAAUAUAUAUUUUGUGUAAAUUAAAAAUGUGCAAACAGGACAUAAACUGCAACUUUAAUUCUG